GACAACACCCGCCCACCCACAAGACGAAGGGCGAGGUGGGGAUGCUGCCCCACACUCAAGGGGUUGACAAGGCUGUGUGUUCACCUCCGGUACGGCGUCCGCGCCGGAACUGCGUACAUCCUUUGUGCAAUUUGAUUGGCUAGGGAGUAGCAAAAAAAGGGGAUGGGCUCGAACUACCCAUUGGCCCACUGGGUCUACACUCUGGUUGGAGGUAGGGGGAGAGAGAGCUACGGCGCGGAGGGCGGGCUUGCCACCUGCGAGUCUGGAAACCUGGCUGGUGUCCAGCACAUCAUCCUAAUCCUCUCUGGAAAGGGGGGGGUCGGGAAAAGCACCAUCUCUGCGGAGCUGGCCCUGGCCCUGCGUCACAUGGGCAAAAAGGUGGGGAUCCUCGACGUGGACCUGUGUGGCCCCAGCAUCCCCCGCAUGCUCCAGGCGCAGGGCAGGGCCGUGCACCAGUGCGACAGUGGCUGGGUGCCUGUCUUUGUGGACCAGGAGCAGAGUGUCUCCCUCAUGUCCGUGGGCUUCCUGCUCGAGAAGCCAGAUGAGGCUGUGGUGUGGAGAGGCCCCAAGAAGAAUGCUCUGAUAAAGCAGUUUGUAUCUGACGUGGCCUGGGGGCAGUUGGACUACCUGGUUGUGGACACGCCUCCGGGAACCUCUGACGAGCACAUGGCUGCCUUGGACGCCCUUCGCCCCUAUAGCCCUCUGGGGGCUGUUGUGGUCACUACACCCCAGGCAGUAUCUGUGGGGGACGUGCGGCGGGAACUGACAUUCUGUAGGAAGACAGGGUUGCGGGUGAUUGGUGUUGUGGAGAACAUGAGCGGCUUCGUCUGCCCACACUGCACAGAGUGCACCAACGUCUUCUCCAGGGGAGGCGGCGAGGAGCUGGCCAAACACGCUGGAGUCCCUUUCCUAGGCUCUGUGCCUUUGGACCCCGAGCUCACAAGAUGCCUGGAGGAGGGCCGAGACUUCAUCCAGGAGUUCCCUCAGAGCCCUGCCUUCCACGCCCUCUCUGCCAUAGCCCAGAAGAUUGUGAAGGAGACACCUGCCCAGCUUUCCUGACUGAGACAUCUCUUCCUGGCGCCACUGUGGGGCUCAAGCUCACAAAGCAGGACCCUCUAGCCUGGGUCCUGGGCGUGGUUCCUGU